CAUCACUACCACCUACACCAGCGAAAGGUUUUUCGUCGUUGCUUUGUGUGAUUCUCCAUUCGAUUCUCUGUUCUUCGUUCUGCGUCUGCGUCCCGUUCGCGUGCAUAAAAAAAAAAAACGAACCUCUUUUUACCCCGUGUAUUCGUGCUCAACCAUCAAUUCGAAAAAUGUCUCGUAGUGCGUACCUGCUGUGUGUGCUCUUUUUGGCCUGCAGUUGCUUGAUUUACAGUGCGAGCGGAGCGCGGAAUUACCGGAGGGGCUACAAGACCACAGAACCGCCCACAACGACCCCACCGCCUCAGACGCCCAAGGAGUUCCUGGACAGCAGGCCGGGUAUCUCGACAUUCGGAAUCAUAGCCAUCAUCUUUACCGUGAUAGUCCUCUGCCUGAUCUUCUACUACGGCAUCAUUUGCUACCCAUUGUUGUGUCGUGACGAGAAGAAGUAUCGGUUUAUGGACGUCUCGUCGACGAUCACGGCGGCUACCUCGCGCUCUAUUCAGUCCAUAGAAAACUAUCCCGAUCAGAAGCAUCAUCAUCAACUGGCCUGAUUUCGGAUAACGUGAGGAGUGGAAGACAGGUGGUUUAGUUAUAGGUACAUAUACAUAUAUCUCUAUUUAGUAACUCGAAAAAGACUUCAACGCCGGCCAGAAACAAAAAUGCAUCAAUAUGCUUACAGAUUUCCAGCCCUAGAUGAAACUUAUAAGGGAGUAAGCCGAGGAAAUAUUUAAUUGAUUGUUUAAGUGCAAUAUUUAAAACUAUUUUUUAUUUUUGGAGUAGUCUAUUUUCAGAACUGCUUUUUUAAAUCUCACAAAAUGUAUUUUAAAUCAAAAAUAUCUCUGUAGAAAGAAUAGGUUUAAAAUAAUCCAUCAUGGAUUGAUUUUUCUAUUUCUAUUUCUUCUAUUUAAAAUUGCACUUAAAUAUCACUUGGCUUUUGUUUGUCAGUUCCAUCGUAGGGCUUUAGUAUUAAACAUAGCAAUAACCAGUUGAGCGGUUCGCUGGAAAGGGAAUUAAUCAUUCAUAAUUGUAAAUUGGGUUUCCCCAUACGCAUCCCCGACCGUUUCUUUAUCUGUUGCUUCUCUUAAUCCCAAGGCUCAACAAGUUUUUUGGCCUGUCCUCCGUCCCUUCUACCUUAUUUCUUUGGCCUUUCGCUGUGGCCAGCAACAGUUUUUAUAUCUUUUUGUGCAGGUAGUUUCAGCCGUUUACACAUCGCUUUGUGUCCCUCGCCCUCUUUUUUAUUUUAUUUUGGACAAAGCCGAUGUGUGGCAAUUGAGUCACGUCGCCUGGUUUUUGUUAUUCCCUUAAAAAAUCUCAUGGAAUUUGGCAAAGCAGCCAAGAUCGCCCAGUCUUUUUUUUUACAGCCCAAUUUGCAUACAGAACUAAAUCCGAACCCUUUGUGAUGCCUCGAAUUUUUCCCAUCCAAACACACACAGGUUGUACUUAAAUCGAAACCAAGUACUUAAUAUAUAUACAUAUAUAACAUGCCAAUUUAUAGUCUAAGCGCCAAUCUGCCACUACGAAUAUAUUUUAUAUAAAUACGCUUUUAAGCAAUCUUAAAUUUUGUGCAUUUAGAUCAGAAUGAUGAGUAUCUUUUGUAUACAAAAUGUGUCAAAUUUCGUUUUUAGACGUAUUCCUAGAGUUAAGCAUAUCCAGUUUUAUACAGAUAUAUCUCUUUUUGGACCUUUUUAAAUGAAUUUUUACAAAACAAAACAAA